GCCGGUGCGGGCGGUAGGCGGCGGCGGCAGCUCGGUGGCGGCUCAGGCGGCGAGGAUGCUGCCGGGGAGGCUGUGCUUGGUGCCGCUCCUGCUGGCGCUGGGCGUGGGGAGCGGCGGCGGCAGUGGAGACGGCGGGGACAGCCGGCGGCGCCGCCUCCUCGCGGCGAAAGUAAACAAACACAAGCCAUGGAUCGAGACAUCCUACCAUGGAGUCAUAACUGAGAACAAUGACACAGUCAUUUUGGACCCUCCACUGGUAGCCCUGGAUAAAGAUGCCCCAGUGCCUUUUGCAGGGGAAAUCUGUGCAUUCAAGAUCCAUGGGCAGGAGCUGCCCUUUGAGGCUGUGGUGCUGAAUAAGACAUCUGGAGAGGGCCGGCUCCGUGCCAAGAGUCCCAUCGACUGUGAGCUGCAGAAGGAGUACACGUUCAUCAUCCAGGCCUAUGACUGUGGUGUGGGGCCCCAGGAGGCAGCCUGGAAGAAGUCACACAAGGCCGUGGUCCAUAUCCAGGUGAAGGAUGUCAAUGAGUUUGCUCCCACCUUCAAAGAGCCAGCCUACAAGGCCAUCGUCACAGAGGGCAAGAUCUACGACAGCAUCCUGCAGGUAGAAGCCAUUGAUGAGGACUGCUCCCCCCAGUACAGCCAGAUUUGCAACUAUGAAAUUGUCACAACAGAUGUGCCUUUUGCCAUUGACAGAAAUGGCAACAUCAGGAACACAGAGAAGCUGAGCUUUGACAAGCAACAUCAGUAUGAGAUCCUGGUGACUGCUUAUGACUGUGGACAGAAGCCUGCUGCUCAGGACACCCUGGUCCAAGUGGAUGUGAAGCCAGUGUGCAAGCCUGGCUGGCAAGACUGGACCAAAAGGAUUGAGUACCAGCCUGGCUCGGGGAGCAUGCCCUUGUUCCCCAGUAUCCACCUGGAGACGUGUGAUGGCGCUGUGUCCUCCCUCCAGGUCACCGCCGAGCUGCAGACUAAUUACAUCGGCAAGGGCUGUGACCGGGAGACCUACUCUGAGAAAUCCCUUCAGAAAUUAUGUGGAGCGUCCUCAGGCAUCAUUGACCUCUUGCCAUCCCCUAGUGCAGCUACCAACUGGACCGCGGGACUGCUGGUGGACAGCAGUGAAAUGAUCUUCAAGUUUGAUGGCAGGCAGGGCGCCAAGAUCCCUGAUGGGAUUGUGCCCAAGAACCUGACAGACCAGUUCACCAUCACUAUGUGGAUGAAGCAUGGCCCCAGCCCCGGGGUGAGAGCUGAGAAGGAAACCAUCCUCUGUAACUCGGAUAAAACUGAAAUGAACCGGCAUCACUAUGCCCUGUAUGUUCACAACUGCCGCCUCGUCUUCCUCCUGCGGAAGGACUUCGACCAGGCAGACACCUUCCGUCCUGCAGAGUUUCACUGGAAGCUGGACCAGAUUUGUGACAAAGAGUGGCAUUACUAUGUCAUCAAUGUGGAGUUUCCUGUGGUCACCCUAUACAUGGAUGGAGCAACAUAUGAACCAUACCUGGUGACCAAUGAUUGGCCCAUUCAUCCAUCUCAUAUAGCCAUGCAACUUACUGUCGGCGCCUGUUGGCAAGGAGGCGAAGUGGCCAAACCACGGUUUGCACAGUUUUUCCACGGCAGUCUCGCCAGUCUUACGAUCCGUCCUGGCAAAAUGGAAAGCCAGAAGGUGAUUUCUUGCCUGCAAGCCUGCAAAGAAGGGCUGGAUAUUAAUUCCCUGGAAAGCCUCGGGCAAGGAAUAAAGUAUCACUUCAACCCUUCGCAGUCUGUUCUCGUGAUGGAAGGUGAUGACAUUGGGAACAUCAACCGAGCCCUCCAGAAGGUCUCCUACAUCAACUCCAGGCAGUUCCCAACAGCAGGUGUCCGGCGCCUCAGACUCUCUUCCAAAGUCCAGUGCUUUGGGGAAGAUGUGUGCAUCAGCAUCCCAGAUGUGGAUGCCUACAUCAUGGUCCUGCAGGCCAUCGAGCCCCAGAUCACCCUCCAGGGAACAGAGCGCUUCUGGAGACCUGCUGCCCAGUUUGAAAGUGCCAGAGGAGUGACUCUCUUCCCUGACAUCAAGAUCGUGAGCACCUUUGCCAAAACUGAGGCCUCUGGGGACACGAGAACCACAGCCCCCAAAUCAGCAGUCUUGGAAGAAAUGCUACACAACUUGGAUUUCUGUGACAUUUUGGUGCUUGGAGGGGACUUGGAUCCAAGACAAGAGUGCUUGGAGCUCAACCACAGUGAGCUCCACCAACGACACCUGGAUGCCACUAAUUCUACGGCUGGCUACUCCAUCUAUGGUGUGGGAUCCAUGAGCCGCUAUGAGCAGGUGCUGCACCACCUGCAUUACCGCAACUGGCAUCCCAGUUCCCUUGAGACCCGGAGGUUCCGCAUCAAGUGUUCAGAACUCAAUGGGCGUUACACUAGCAAUGAGUUCAACUUGGAGGUCAGUGUCCUCCAUGAAGUCAAAGUCUCUGAGAAGGAACAUGUCAACCACCUCAUUGUACAGCCACCAUUCCUCCAGUCUGUCCAUCACCCUGAGUCCCGGAGUAGUAUCCAGCGCAGUUCAGUGGUCCCAAGCAUUGCCACAGUGGUCAUCAUUAUCUCCGUAUGCAUGCUAGUGUUUGUGGUGGCCAUGGGUGUGUACCGAGUCCGAAUUGCUCACCAGCAUUUUCUCCAAGAGACUGAGGCUUCCAAAGAGACUGAGAUGGAUUGGGAUGACUCUGCACUGACUAUCACAGUCAACCCUAUGGAGAAACAUGAAGGACCAGGACAUGGGGAAGAUGAGACUGAAGGAGAGGAAGAAGAGGAAGCAGAGGAAGGCAUGAGCUCCAGCAGCAGUGGCUCUGAUGACAGCGAAGAGGAAGAGGAGGCAGGCACAGGCAGAGGCAGACAUGGGCAGAGUGGCACGAGGCAAGCCCAGCUAGAGUGGGAUGAUUCCACCCUCCCCUACUAGUGCCCACAGGUCUGCUGACCAGCCCGUGCCCCUUUUGUAAAGCCCAACCCAAUGUAUGCCCAAGCCUGUCACACUUGCCUCUAAUUUCUAUGACAGGUCUGGGAAGACCAUCAGCUUCCUGGAAUCUGCCCUCUAUGUUUCAGGCACUGCCUAUGUCCUAACCAUGGGGCAGUUCCAAAAGCCCAGUGUCACCAUCAGUGAGGACUUCAGGGUGGUUACACUGUCCUGUAGCCCUCACUUCUUCUGCCCUGGGUUCACCCAGAAUCCUGUCACCCAACCAGUCUGCAGAGUUCUGAACACCUUGUUCUUUUCUGCAGGGGAGAAGGUCCACCUUUAUGUCACUUACCACCCCCUAGGCUCAGUGUUUUCAAACUCCUUGGAUUGUAACUCACUGUGUAUGUACUUGACUAAAUAGCCUUUCUCUACCUACACCAGCAGGGCCUUCCUGUGCUUGGUCUCCAGGUUGCUUUAUACAGGGAGGGCAGUGGAAUCUCAUAAUCCUAAGGUCGUAGGGCUUAAGAAUUGGAAAGAAAGCCUUUGUUGAGGUAGAAUUGAGUUUCCAUGGAAAGGUUUAUAGUGUAUGUAUACAUGCACAAACACCACACACACACACACACACACACACACACACACACACACACACGCAGUUCCUAGCUCAGAGAGUCUUUCCUUUUACUUCUUUCUGAGACUACAUAAACUGGUAUAAAAAGUUCAAAACCAAAAGUUAGUUGGUCUUUGACCAUAAGUGGAGUGUAUCCUCAUCAAAGGGCUUGCUGACCAGUGUUCAGACCUGCCUAGAUAAUGCCUAAACUCAUGGGGCUGCCCUGUCCAGGGCUAUCACCACACAGAACCACAGGGCCCAGGAAGCAUUCCACAUAGGCACUGCUCAAGUGACAGCUUGGGCUUGGCUGUUGCUUAGAGCCAAAGAAAGGACUAAUAUGGUGACCCAGCAAGGCUUCAUGGAGGAUAGAAAUCUGCUUGGACACAGGACAGGGUUGGUAUGGCUGCACUCCCCCAGAUAAGGGCAGCCUGAAGGUUGACAGGGCUAUCACCACCUAGUCUGUGGUCCUUUAUCUCCUAUGUUACUGUUUUCUCUUGAGGAAAUAACACCAUUUUUUGGAUGUAGUAGAACAAAUAUGGGCUCUCACAGUCUGCAAUGAAAGUUGGGAAAUUUAGCUGCUAGGAAUUCAAAGAAUAUUUGCAAUAAUAGCAGCUGCCUCUUUCUUCUUCUAAUAAAAGGAGGGAUGCUUUGAAUAGAGGGCAAAUAUAUCAAAACCCUAAUUUCUUGUUCUUUCUUCUUAUUUUAAUAAGGAAGACUUUUCCAUCUCCAUUCUAACGUGAGCACUUCGUGAGGAGAACUGUUGCUAUAGUAACUGGUGGACAAUCUUCUGUGGUCUAGAGAAUAGCAGGCAAGAAUGAAGGCUGUCGUAAGAGGUCCACAAGGCUCUGAGGACAUGUUUGUUUCAAACACCUUGAGCUCCUCUUUGUUCUCAGUCUGUAUAGGCCAUCCCCAUCAUCCCUCUCUGCCCCAAGCCCAUCCUGAACUGGCUUGAUCCCCAUCCACAGUUGGUCUCUUGUCACACAGCUUUCUGGUUCAACUGAAUGCUGAAUGGUCCCCGUGUCAUCCAAACAGAGCAUUUAGGGAGUGAUUACAGCUUAUGUCCUCUGGUCCUCUUCUCAGCCCUCCAGGUAGUGAGGAUCCAUGCCAGGUUUUUGCAAGCUUCUGGAUGGGGAGAGCUACCUUAAACUGUUUUCCUGUCUCCUGCAGUGUUUUGUGCAUACCUUCCCAUUUUUGAGCCUCCAAAUAACCUUGCAAAGUAUUUGAGAAACCUAUUAUUAGGUACAUUUUUGUGAUGAGUAAACUGAGGCUCAGAGUCAGUAUCCUGCUCAGAGUCAAUUCCGAGAUACAAACUACCCUCUGCUCCUGGUCCAUGGUUCUACUUAAGUUCUUAUUAACAUGUGUUUUUGACCACCCACUACGUGCUAAACACUCUACCAGCAAGCAGUGGGAAUGGGAUGAAGCUGAAUGAGACAGACCUUUCCCCAUAGAGGACUUGAGAGUUAUAGAAGGGACACAAACAGGCAUGGAAAUUACACAGGAGAAAAGAAGCAGAAGACACAGGAAGAAGAGCACAUUUACCAGCUCCAUUAGUGCCCUAUUUUUUUUUCUCUUGGAAGAAACUUGAGAUUUUAUAUUCAUUGAAAGGAAAUAGACACAUCUCCCAUGAAUUACCCCAAUCAAAUGCCCCCUUUUCUGUCAAGCUUUUUCCGCACUUUUAUAAGGGGAAAAUCUACAGGGCCAGUUGGGCUUCACAAUCCCAUUAUUUAAAUAAAAAGACAUUCUUCAGUCUGGCAUUUAGGAGCUACUGAAUUCUCCCAAAAUUAUGGCAGUAAAGGGAACACUUUGUAUGUUUAAAACCAAUCCUUUUUGAAUGAGAUUCUGAUUGCAAAUAUUUAAGUCUAGGGUUUAUGAGAGUACUUUCCUCUGCUCUGGCUUUUCAGUUCCAAUUGGGUGGAAAGCUGUUCUCAUGCCCCUGGGCCACUUCUUGUGGCUGCAUUACUCAUUCAUGGUUAGGAGAAUUGUUUGGAGUAUUAGAAGACCUUUAUGUUUUUUUGGGGGGAGUUAGCAGGUGGAAGUUGGGGAGCAUUUGGAUAAGACAGCAAAGAUGUGUCAUUUCAGGAGGGAUUUGGUGGCUGGACUUAUUUGCAGGGCAAUGGUGAUAAUAAGAAACCAAAGCCUCUCUUUCCCCUUUCAGUACACAAGCUCCAAAGCUGAGGCAUCUAAAUGAUGCUACUGGGAUCACAGGUCUUUAUCCUGUUCCCAACACUCACUCUGUUACCUUGGGCGAGAUCAAGGGGGGAGUGGUCAUAAAAUAACAAGCUUUAGCAGGUAUCCAGGUGAGUGGUAGGUGAUGCCAUAUGCCUCCCACCAGAUAUUCUGACCACGAGUGCAAGAUAGUAAUCAUACUGGCAUUUCCCAGGCUCUAUAGGAUGAUGAUAUUUUACAACCAAAACUCCCAGAUGAUCUGGACACCAUGUGACUUCUCAGGAAGAGUUGAGCAGUCAAGCAGAGGGAGACUCGGUUUCCAGAGAAGCAGCUGACUGGUUUGGCCACAGACCACUCCAUUGCUUAGCUGGCCAAAUGGACAACCUGAGUCUGCUAUUCAGAGCUUGAAAAUAGGUAGGCUGCCAUUCUCAAGUAACUCAGAAGAUAGGAUGAGAAAAGUGAGGGUGAGGUCAGAAGAGACCAGCACAGUAUGGGUUGCCCCACUGGAGUAAAGACAUUAAACCCAUUGGAAAAGUCUUGCGAGGAAUGCUGAGAAUAUUCUAACAGAUUUAAACAAUUUCUGUAAGUCUAACCAAGGCCCCAAGUCACACAAAUACCAAACCUGUGGUUUCUGUGGCAGCACUUUCUGUGAGAACUUGCUUGAACUAGCCAGCUGUCCCGACAUGCUCAGUGGAGACCAAAGUCUCUGAAGUUAGCAAGGGAGUGUGUCUUCCAGGGACCCUGAAUCUCCAGGAAGGCAACCACAGCUAGAAAUCAGUGCCCCCUUCCAGUGCAUCAGAGAUCAACAAACUUUAUCUGGAAAGAUCUAGAAAAGAGAGACUUAGGGGCGGUAAGCCAUUUGUUCUCUGUCACCCGUACUGAACACCACCUCAUGGCAUGAAAGCAGCUACCAACAAUACCCAAACAAAGGGACAUCCCAGUUAGUUUCUCCAUCUACUUUCCAGUAAAAUUGAUAUAUGAUAGUGAAAAAAGAGGAAAUUUGAGCUUAAUGAAUUCAAUUCAUGUAAUGAACUUUUUACUCUCUUUCUCAUUUUUCCACUCAAAACUUAGCCUGCAAGACAUCGAGAAAAUUAGCCACCAAGCAGACCCAUGUGAGGCAGACUCUUACCCACAAUACACAGAAAGCAGCCCUCCAUUUCCUGGGAGGAAACCAACUAUACCAGCAUGCCCAUCCAUCAGCUCCCUGGUGGUCAUUGCCUUGAAUUGAACAGCUGGAAGACUCUAGGGUCUUUCCUGAAAGCUCUCUUAGAAGUUCACAGGAGAUUGGAGGAAAUGAAAAAUAAAUAAAUAAGUGAGCCAACAAAAAUCCCACUUGUUAUUUUUGCAUUGAUGAAAUCAGACAAAUAUUCCUGAGGGUUGGAUGCCUCGGGCCCAGGGAACUGGCUAAUCACUGAGCACCCACUCCCUCCUCUGCUGAGGCAAGAGCUGACUCCCCAGGCUCAGCACCUUCCCAGCAGGGCUCAGUCCAUAAUGAUUUCUAAGCAGAAGUGUUCAUUAUUUGGGACUGAUUUUCAUUUCAGCCCUGUUCAUGUCUUGGCUCUAAAAAUGAUCCUAAAGACUUGUGGCUGUUCCAAUCAAUAGCAACACAAUCAGCAGAAAGCCCUACCCAGCACACUUCAAAAUUAACAGUCUUCUUGCCUAUAUGACUCAAUAUUAGCAGCAAAGAAAGGAGUGCUUUUUGCUAAUCAUCUCCCCCAUUUAAAUUAACCAAAUAUGCUUUGCAAAAAAAAAGGGGGAGAGGGAAUAAAUCUAAUUCUUUAAAAGAAUUUGCCAGUGAAUAGUAGAUGAUGUUCAUAUAACAUGGAGCCCCUGGAGGCAUCCCAGAAGCCUCCUGCAAUGUGCUCGGGCAGUUGUGAUGGCACAGGCUUCUCUCUGUGUGGCAGACAUUUAUGGAGGCUGACAAGCCAAAGCCCUUGGCACAGUUUAAUUUUCCUGUAACCACUUUCCGUUGUCCAGCUGUAGGGAGAGGAAAUGAGCACGGCCAGUUUUGUCCACUCCAGCACCCUCAUUUGACUGUCUGUAUUAGUUUUACUCUGUACAUGUGUUCUGCAUUGGCUUCCUUCUCACACUGGUUAGAGAAGGAGAGGCGGUUCUCCAGGAGCUGUGGAUUAGGAGCCCAGCUUGACUUUGUCCCAUGGUAACAAAGAGAGGCAGAAAUCACCUCCACGAGCAUCUCAGAGAACUCAAAGCUAGCUGCUAUGUUCAGUCAGUUAGCAGAUGGGAGUCUCUGUUUGCAGCUAUGUUCAACCAAGUCAGCAAGUCCUCACCCAGGUGUGCCAGACUAAGCCAGGAAGCGGGAAGAGAGGAUGAAUGAAUGAACGAGAGCCUUGCCCAUGAGGAUCCCUGGUCGUGUAGUGCCAGAGGCUGUCCAGUUAGGACUGUCAGGGGCUGAAGCUUAGGGUAGAAUAUAGUUGCUUUACAGUCAUCUGAUUUAAGUCAGAGGCUAGGGAUAAUCCUGGGGUGCUGAAGGGCCUCCAUGAACAAACAAGGUCUUUAGGCAAGUGAGCAAUGUGCUCCUAAAUACUCCUUAGUUAUCAUGGUUCAGGUCACUUAGAGAGGAAAACCUUUCCCUAUAUGCAGAAAUAAUGUGACUGACAGCUGAGAUUUGAUAAAACUAAGACAGAGAAGUCCUUAAAUAGGAACAGCAACCAGGCAGAGCAGACAGAUCAUGAGUGGUGGUUAAGGGGGUGGGGAGCUGACAGCCAAAGCCCAGGGUCUGGCUAGCCUGAUGUGAGGGUUUGCAUGUGAAGGAUGGAGCUCUGGGGGCUCUGUAGAGGUUUGCUCAGGACAUUGCACAACUCCAGUUCUCUGGCUGUGUGAUUUGCACGGUGAGUGUAACAGCAGUGGCACCUGGGAACUUGUGAGGCUCCGCAAGGUGUGCUUUUGGAGCAGUUGAUGCUCAGGAAGGUCAGGGUUUGAGACCCAUUGCUGUGGAGGAUGAGCCCAGCCUCUGCUGGCACAUGGAGGUGCUGCUGCUAACAAAGCAGAGAAAAUAACCAGCUCCAACUGCAGUGGCAGAGGGAAACAGAGCAGGGCCCCAGUUCACACUCCUGAAGCAAUAAUUUUGAAAAACCUGGUCCCAAUUCCAAUUGCUGUCCUCUGCUGGGAUGUGAGAUGACUCCUGCCCAUGUGCCCCUUCUACAGUAGUGACAGACACUGCCUAGGAGGGUUGUAUUGAAAUCACCCAGCCCCAGAGAGGCCACCUGCCCAGUUCUUAUGCUUUGAAUAGCCUCCUUCAAAGCCAUGUUUUAUGUGGAAGCCUUGAGCCUGCAGCCAUGAGCCUGCAGCCAUGGGCCCAGGCCACUAGGAGGCUGCUUUGCUCACAGCACGCAUCCUGGAGAACAGGGUCAUUCAAGGACACUCCCCAGGUUACUGCAGCUCUAUUCAUUUGUAGUGGGACUGGGGAAUACAGUCACAAUUCAAACACUAAAUUGGAUGGGAGAAUGGAUUGCUUCUCUUGGAAGGACAGUAACCCAUGUUACUAAAAGUAGAAGGAAAAAAAAAAAAAAGAAGAAGCCAGGUCUACAGCUUCAUCUACAGUGGGAAUAUCAUUCCUAUGGUCUGUGUAGGCUCCAGUUCCCAACCAUUUCCUCGAACUACCAGAUACCCGAGGCCUGACUUAUGGAGUAAGAUCACUAUGGUAUAAGCACCAUAAACCUUCAGCUGGAACUCGUUCAUGUUUUAUCAGUCACCGUGCCUAUGGUCUAAGUCUAACCUCUUACCGGGAUCUCAAGGUCAAGAUCAAAGGUCAGAGCACAGAAGAGAAAUGACCAGCACAUAAGCCAGGAGAAGCAGUAAUAUUUUCUAUAAACCCAUCCCUUUCUGCUCAGAACAUGUCCCUCCUGACAGGCACUUCUCUGAGCCCCUAAGGACUCCAAAGGGAGCCUGAGACCAGCACAGAGACCACGGUGAGAACACACAUCUCUAAGAACUUAGAAUUUGCCUUUUCAUUAAGUAGAAGAAAAGGUGGGGGGCGGAGAACAGAAAAGAAAAUGUAGGACAUGCCUGUUAUUUACCUGAGAAGCACGAGAAAACCAAGUAGAGGACAUUUUCUUUUACAGCCUGGCCUCUCUGAGUGAAGCCCCUGCUGACAACAUUUCUUUGCCGAGACUUAAGGCAAUUUUCUGUGUUUUCCUUACACACCAACCAUUUAUUACAAAAGCCUCCAUAGGGACAAAACAGAAAGCGUUGGAGAGUGGUCCUGGAAGCAGGACUCUUGGUGUCACGUUUGUGUAUGCAGGGCAAGGAGACAGUUUGCUCUUGGGGCAGGAGAUCAGAUCCAGCCAGGACAGCAGGGGCAUUGAGUGGGUAUCAGAAUGUCACCCAUGCAGGACAGGGACACAUGAUGGAGUCAACAAGCAGAAUUUGGGAACUGGUACUUCUGAGAACCACCCCUCAAGAGCCAAGUCUGCCUUCCCAGAGGACCCUAGAAAACAUGACUGUAUGGAACCAGUUUAGACCCUCCAACUUUCCCCACCUCCACUUACCACCUCCCUAAGGCAAGAAGAGUAACUAAUGUGUCCCAGGACCUUGGUCCUGCACUAAGGAUGUAUAAUGUGUCCCCGGCACUGCAUCUGGCCCACAGAAUGGACUCAACAAAUGUCAUAUUGAAUAGAAUCCCAGAGAUCACCUGGCCUUAGAGAAUGAGUAUGUUUUGAAGUUAAGAUGCUCUGGUGGAAAGACUCCCCCAUCCCGGUUUUAGUCUAUCAGUUGACAUUUGCACAAUUGAGAGUAGGAGUAGAGUGGAAGUGGGAAGAACAGCUGACAGAUGACAGGAAGAGACUUCUUUACAAAGCAAUCUUUCCCAGGUAGGACCAGUGAAAGUGUCUCCCCAAAGCAAGCAUCGGUAGGCCUUGAUGAGCCCAUUUGUUUUACCCCAUGGUUCACAGGACUGAGGAAAUGGAGCCUUAAUAAACUGAGCUCUUUGCCACUUUUAUCAGAGAUACUGUGGAAAGAUUCAUCACCAUGAAGCUCAAAUCCCGAUAGUCUAAUGAGAAGAGGGCAGAAGGCGUGAGAGACUCCAGAAUGCAGAUGGAGUGUAUUAAUCACAGGAACAACAUCAUGUUGGCUUUAAUGUCUGUUUUCUUUUAUCUGGGAAUGGAAGUGCACCUCUGUUACCUGGAUCCUUUAUACUGAGCAUUUCGGAACAGACAUGUGCACAAAUGUAAAUAUUGAGGGUGCUUUUCCCCAGCAGAAUGAGCUGUCAGAAGAAAAAAAAAGCUAAGAGGUUAUUUCCAAAGGCAGAGAAUCAACCCACAGGUUUUAGGUCUAGACUCCAGCACCCCUGUGGGAAAGGGAUUGGGGUGGACAAGAAGGUAGCCUCUGCCCUCUGGAAGGAUCCCUUGGGGGGACUAAAAGGAUUCACCCAGAUCUAUGAGUCACAUACCUGAAGAAAAUGCAUGUGUCCAUCUUCAGAGGCAACAGUGCAUCCUUUCUGGCCACCGUGAUCUCACCACUACCCACUCUCCAUGAUACAAAGGCACCCUGGUGGGAGUACUGAUGGCACUUUCACAGACAUACUCCAGAGGGUGGAAAUACAGAAGAGUUUGGGGGAAAGGAAAUUAGACUUGGCACCCAGGUGAAUCACUUGAAAAGGAAGGGAAGAGAUGUUGAACGAGAAGGUGAUAGAGUUGGAGAGUGAACUAGAAGUUGAUUAGGAGCGACAGCAUGAGGAGCAACCAAGAAGGAAGGAUACUGCCCUGUAUUUACACUUAGAUUCACAUGUCAGAGGAAUCAUGGACAAGUAGAGCCAUGUGACCACAGAGGCAGGCACUACAAUUGCUUUACAAGUCAGAGCCACUUGAAGCAGAUGACAGACAGAUCAAUCUACGUACCAAGUUUCCAUAGGAUCUGCUUCCAAGAAAGAGUUAUUGGUGCCCUGGUCUGGACAGGCAUGGCUGGGGAUUGGAGAAACAAAACAGAAAGAAGAAAGCUUAUACAGAAGCUGGCUGUACCUAAGGAAGCCUAUAGUUUCUAGAAUGGGGCUUGUUAUGUUAUUACAUGGGCAUUGUGAUGUAUGUAAGAAGGAAUCAUAAUGAGGUGAUAGGCCAUUAGUUUAGGGAAUUAGAGUUUAAGUGUAAAAUACCAGACAUAAGUAGGUGAAGGGAAGCUGAUAAUAUAUAUGUACAUACAUAUAUGUACAUAUCUAUAAUAUGGAAAUAAAAUACAAAACAGAGAGGUCAUCAUUCCCAAUAAAUUUUAAUUCUCCAGAAGCCUUAGGUUAUUCUUAUUGUUAUUUAUUUUUAGCUCUCAAAGCCCUGGAAGAGGGACCUGGAACACAGCAGGAAUCGUAAACAUUUGGAAGUGAAGUGCCU